UCCUCUGCCUUUCUCCGCAUAGUCGGUGGCAGCGCUGGCGGCGCUUCCAUUCGACCAAAGAGUUUGCCCAUUUUCAGCUUAAUUUUCAUAAAUCAUUAGAAAAUUUCCUAAACCAAAUUUUGCCCCAGUUUUGUUUAUGCCUGCUUAGUUAAACUUCGUGAUAAUGAGAGUAUCUGCUGCAUUUUCUACCACCACCGCAGCCGCCGCUCUCCGCCUCCUCUUCUCCUCUUGUGACCACCCUAAAACCCUUAUCCCAUUUUAUUCUUGGACAAGGCAUACUUCUACUCUUACCCAAUUUACCCCAAGAUUAAGAAUGGUGCAUAAUACUCAUAAUAAUGACCUAUCCCCUUCCUCAGUCUCCGCCGCAGCCUCUUUUUCCUCUUCUGCAGCAGCGUCAGCGUCAGCAGCGGCGCCUACUGAUAAGCCGAAAACUCAGACCUGGCUUAUCGUAGGGCUCGGUAACCCGGGGAAGCGGUACAAUGGGACCCGCCAUAACGUGGGUUUUGAGAUGGUGGAUUACAUUGCUCAAGCAGAGGGCAUUUCAAUGGGUAGUAUUUCCUUCAAGGCCCUGUUUGGAAAAGGUCAUAUUGCAAAUGUGCCUGUGAUGCUAGCUAAACCACAGACUUUCAUGAAUGCAAGUGGUGAGUCUGUUGGGGCAAUUGCUUCGUAUUAUAGGAUCCCAUUGGCGCAAGUCCUAGUGAUUUUUGAUGAUAUGGAUCUUCCAUUUGCAAAGCUGCGGUUACUGCCAAAGGGUGGACAUGGAGGGCAUAACGGGAUGAAGAAUAUUAUUAAUCACUUUAAAGGUAGCCGGGACUUUCCUCGUCUAAGGAUUGGCAUUGGCCGGCCCCCCGGGAAAAUGGAUCCCAUGAAUUUCGUUAUGCGCCCAUUCACCAAACAAGAACGUGAAGAGUUGGAUUUUACGUUUCAGACUGGCUUGGAAGCAGUGCGAAUUCUUUUGCUCGAGGGAAUCAAUAGAAGUGCUACUUUUGUUAAUAGUGCCAAGUCAUUGGAACAGCUUCAGUAACUAGCUGCUUUCCUACGUUCUUUUUUGAAGUGGUAACAACGUCAUGCAAGUUUGAAAGUGCAGAAAUCCAGCUAGUAUGGAACUUUGUUGGAGAACUAUAAUAGAAGGCUAUUCGAGACCCAAAGGCGAUUUCUUGUUCUUUUCCCUUUAAUAUCAUUCUUACAUCUUAAUUCCUUGAGGGAGUAUGUAUACUUUGGUUAAAUGACAAUUGAUCUUACAGCUAUCUUACUUUUUGGUCUCAUUGAUGUA